AUGCAGUUCAAACUCCUCAUCAUCACCACUGGCAUCCUUACCGCCUCUACCGUGCAGGCCGCGGUCAAUAUCACGGAUAUUAUUGGCGACAUUGGCGACAUAUCUUCAUUAGCUGGCGAGGUAGUCACUCUCUUUCAGAAUCUAGACAUCACGACGAUCAUCUCAUCAGCACCUAAAAUCAUCGAGAACAUUGGUCAGAUUGUGGAAAUCAUCACCUCGGAUGCCGAAGCAAUUAGUGCAGAUAACGGCACCACCUCAUACAGCACAAGCGACGAGACGGAUGCCUGCGGUGGUUUAGAGAAGUUCCUCGAGUCGGUCGGUCAGAUUGCCGAUGGCGUCGCCGACAAGAUUGACAUCGUCUCGGGCACUCCGUUCAGCGGUGCUAUCGGUGGCAUCAUCACUUCCGUCAAGGAUGGCGUUGAUGACUUCGGCAACAAAAUUCUUGACAUUGUACCUUCUUGUGAUAACUCGACCUCGGCGUACAGCCUGGAGAGCGUGGGCGCGUCAUUUAACACAUGCCUUGAGAAAUUGUCUUGA